AUGGGGAAUUCCACUCAAGCCUCGGAGGACAAACGUAAAAGAAAGUUUCAGCAAGGAUUUCAAAAGAAGGGUGGCAAGAAUAAAAGGACUCCACAACAACAACAGAGAAGGAAUAAUCUUCCCCAUUAUCACAAAUGUGGGAGGCAGCAUAAAGGGAAUUAUAUAUUAGGGACCAAUGUGUGUUUCAAAUGUAAACAACCGCGACACAUGGCAAAGGACUGUAAAGUUACUCAGGCUACUUCCCUUCAGACUGUUGGAGGUUCAACUGCCAAAGUUUACUUAGUGGCUCAAAAAGAAGUCGAAGCCAAUCCAUCUGUAGUUACUGGUCAGUUACAAUUCCACUCUAUCUCUUUAUAUGUACUGAUUGAUUCUGGGGCUACCUAUUCUUUUAUCUCAUAUGGUAUUAUAAAAAGAUUAGGUUUAGAGCCUUGUAAAGUGGAACAUGCUGUUAAAAUCCAGAUGCUUAAUGGGGAGAAUUAUUUUGCUGAUAAGUUGUUGAUGGGGGAAACUAUAGUGAUUGAUGGGCAUGAGUUGAAUGUUGAUUUGAUUAUUUUUGAUAUGCCUGAUUUUGAUAUGAUUUGGGGAAUGGACUUCCUGAGCAAAUAUGGAGUAUUGAUAGAUUGUCUAAAGAAGAAGGUCAGGUUUAACUUAGAUGCUGGAGACAGUUUCACCUUUGGGGAAGGUCAUCUACACAGCCUGAUGAUAAGUGCAGUGAAGGCAAUGAAGAUGAUAAGGAAAGGUUGUACAGGGUACAUGGCUAAUGUUGUGAAUAAAGAAAAGUUUCCAAACUUCAGUGUUCGGGAUGUACCCAUAGUAUAA